GAAUUGAAAGUGAAAUUAUUGACCCACUUCUCCAAGCCUUUUGAAAAGUGACUAAAUGCACCUGGGUCAGGCUAUCUGUGGGAAUGAAGUGGCUGGGAGAAUCCAAGAACAUGGUGGUGAAUGGCAGGAGAAAUGGAGGCAAGUUGUCUAACGAACAUCAGCAGAAUCAGUCCAAGUUGCAGCACCCUGGAAAGGAGAAUCCAAAGACUAGCAAAAAUGGAGUUGAGAGAAGAUCAAGCAGAUGUAUGUACAUGUUUAUAGGUAGUGGUGCAUCAGGAUUUGAGGGCCAAAGUCGCUAUGUGCCUUCCUCUGGAAUGUCUGCCAAGGAGCUGUGUGAAAAUGAUGACCUGGCAACUAGUUUGGUUCUUGAUCCCUAUUUAGGUUUUCAGACACACAAAAUGAAUACUAGGUUUCGACCUAUAAAAGGAAGGCAGGAAGAGUUGAAAGAGGUCAUUGAACGUUUUAAGAAAGAUGAGCACUUAGAAAAAGCCUUCAAGUCCUUAACGUCAGGUGACUGGGCCCGGCACUAUUUUCUGAACAAGAACAAAAUGCAGGAAAGGUUGUUCAAGGAACAUGUAUUUAUUUAUUUACGAAUGUUUGCAACUGACAGUGGAUUUGAGAUAUUGCCUUGCAAUCGGUAUUCUUCAGAGCAAAAUGGAGCCAAAAUUGUUGCGACAAAAGAGUGGAAACGAAAUGACAAAAUAGAAUUACUGGUGGGUUGUAUUGCUGAACUGUCAGAAAUAGAAGAGAACAUGCUGCUGAGACAUGGAGAGAAUGACUUCAGUGUCAUGUAUUCCACAAGGAAGAACUGUGCUCAGCUAUGGCUUGGUCCUGCUGCAUUUAUCAACCACGAUUGCAGACCUAACUGUAAGUUUGUAUCAACUGGUCGAGAUACGGCAUGUGUGAAAGCUCUAAGGGAUAUUGAACCCGGUGAAGAAAUUUCUUGUUACUAUGGGGAUGGUUUUUUUGGAGAAAACAAUGAAUACUGCGAAUGUUACACCUGUGAAAGACGUGGAACUGGUGCUUUUAAAUCAAGAGUGGGACUUCCAGCACCUACUCCUGUGAUCAAUAGCAAAUAUGGACUGAGAGAAACAGAUAAACGUUUAAACAGGCUUAAAAAGUUGGGUGACAGCAGCAAAAACUCAGACAGCCAGUCUGUCAGCUCUAACACUGAUGCAGAUACCACUCAGGAAAAAGCUAAUGCAACUAACAGAAAAUCUUCAAUUGGUGUAAAAAAGAACAGCAAGAGUAGAGCAUUAACAAGACAGUCUAUGUCAAGAAUUCCAGCUUCAUCAAAUUCUACCUCAUCUAAACUAACUCAUAUAAAUAAUUCCAGGGUACCAAAGAGACUGAAAAAGCCUGCAAAGCCUUUACUUUCAAAGAUAAAAUUGAGAAAUCAGUGCAAAAGGCUAGAGCAAAAGAAUCCCUCUAGAAAGCUUGAAAUGGGAAAUUUAGUUCUCAGAGAACCUAAAGUAGUUCUAUAUAAAAAUUUACCUAUUAAAAAGGAUAAAGAAAUAGAGGGACCAGCUAAAGUUGCAGUCUCUGGUGGAUGCUUAACAAGACAUGCAGCAAGAGAAUAUAAACUGAAUUCUGUGAAAGGUGCUUAUGAGCAUGGUGAAAUGUCACCCUGCACAUACAUAACCAGGAGGUCAAUGAGAACAAGAAUGAAUUUGAAGGAGACCUCUGACAUAAAGCUUGAACCAAAUAUGUUGGAUACCUAUAGAAACAACUUGACCGGAACUCGAUCUGAUAUCUUACAACAGCCGUCUAGUGUGAUACGUGAAAAUGAACUGAUUCAUGGAACAUCACAUAAAGGGGACGUUAGAUACCAGAAGAAUGAUGUGGGCAUAUCCAGAAAGAAAUCACGACAGGGAAAACUGGCAAAAUCAUCUGCAAAUAUAGAAGAAGCUGAUCCUACACAUAAUCCAUCUGGCAAAGAUGAAGUACCAAAUUUGAUUAACUCUCAUUCUGAACAUGGAGAGAGAAGUAAUGCAGUGGAUACAGCCCUUGGAUAUAAGGACAGUAUUCCUAUGUCUGGUGGCUGUUCCAUUGUUACAUCUGACAAUUUCAAAGCAAAGGACAGCUUUAGAACUGCUAAAAGUAAAAAGAAAAGACGAAUCACUAGGUAUGAUGCACAAUUAAUCCUUGAAAAUAGUUCUGGGAUUCCCAAACUGACUCUGCGUAGGCGUCAUGAUAGCAGCAGUAAGGCAAAUGACCAAGAAAAUGAUGGAAUAAAUUCUUCGAAAAUAAGCAUCAAAUUAAGUAAAGACCAUGAAAAAGACAAUAACUUGUAUGUAGCAAAGCUAAAUAAUGGAUUUAACUCAGGAUCAGGCAACAGUUCAACAAAAUUAAAGAUACAACUAAAACGAGAGGAAGAAAACAGAGGGACAUACUCUGAGGACCUUCAUGAAAAUGGCAUGUGCUGUAGUGAUACUCUCUCUCUCUUGGAGUCAAGAAUGGAAGUGGAUGAUUACAGUCAGUAUGAGGAAGAAACUGCAGAUGACUAUGAUGAUGAAUUUGAAGAUGAUUUUAUUCCUCUUCCUCCAGCUAAGCGAUUAAGGCUAAUAGUUGGAAAGGAUUCAAUAGACAUUGACAUUUCCUCCAGAAGAAGAGAAGAUCAGUCUUUGAGGCUCAAUGCAUAAGCUUAUAGGUCUUAAACUGACCAGGAUGUCCAUUUUUAAACAAAAAGAAUUCCAUUCAAUUAUUCCUCAACUGAAGAACUUUCUGAAAAUUUUAGUAACAGCACUUCUUUAUUGUUUAUUCACUUAUCAACAUAAUAUUGUAGAAAGUGUACAGCAUACUGAUUCUUAAGUCUGAUUUGUGCAGAUUUUUAUUGUACUUUUUAAUAGCCUCCUUAUGUGCAAUUCUGAGUUAGAGUAAGAGGUAAUGCUCUGUUGUAAAAUAAAGGCUCCAGCAAAAUUAUAAAAUGACAUCAAAACUUCUCAUGCAGGACAAUGAACACAAUAAUGUGGCUCCACAAUUAUUUUUAUCCUGUAAGAGCAUUAGUUUGCUCUUAAAAAAUAUCUGACUAAACAAUAAUUUAAAAAAAAAUCAUAGUAGCAGCAUAUUACAGUUUUCUAGUAUAUGUUAAUAUCACCAGCAAUGAUCUACGGCUUUACAAUUUAUUUGCUAGAUGUUUUUCCCCCUUCAAGUUUGUCAGUUUUAACACUGUAUGCUGUCCCAGACGUACUGUUUGUGGCCUUUGUUAUAGUAGCAAACCGUUGGUUGGAAGUCAAAUUGAUUUCUUUAAAAAAAGAAAAAAAGAAAAAAAUAAGAAAAAAAAAGAAAUAAAAAGGUGUUAACAGUUUGCUGACUUUUUAGUACAUUAUAUGUACAAGGGUAGCAGUAUGCAGAAUACAAGUUCGGAUAUGGUGUAUUUAUUGCUUGUUAUGUAAAUUAAACACCUUGUAUUUAACACUUUUCAAUACUUUUAGAUAAAACUGUUCUUUGCAAGAAUGAUUGGUGCUUAUUUUUUCAAGAAUUUGCUGUGAAACAAUGUGAUUUCAACAGGCAACAAUUAUCCAAUGAACUGCAGCUAUCCUAAAUUGGUUCUUCAUAGUUUUCUGUUGCACUUGUAAAAUGCUACAAGGAAUUUAAAGAAAUCUAUUCACUUUAACUUAUGAUAGUUUUAUGAAAUUAAAAAACCUAAGUCACAGCUUUUGUUCUGUGGUAACCUAUAAAAAUGUUUGUCUUUUUGAGAUCCGGUGUAAAGGACUGAAAAAAUAUGUAUAUGUUGUAAAUAUUUGUGUGUUGUGAGAAAUUUUGUCAUAAGAAAUUGAGAACUUACCAGAAGGGUUUUUAAGUUUAGAAAUACAUUCAUGCCAAUAAAAUAGGAAAUGAUAAACCUAGUUUUAAA